CAGUGAUGAAGAGCUGUCCAGCAGAAUCAUCUCACACAUGAAGACAUCCAGGAGCCUCCACAUCAUGUGUAGUAUCCCAGUCUUCUGCUGGAUCACUGCUACAGUUCUGGAGCACAUGUUGACUACAGAACAGAGAGGAGCGCUGCCCAAGACACUGACUGACAUGUACUCACACUUCCUGCUGGUUCAGACAAAAAGGAAGAAGAACAAGUACCACGAGGGACGUAAGACGAGUCUACAGGAGCAGACAGAGGCUGACAAGGAAGUUCUCCUGAAGCUGGGAAAGCUGGCGUUUCAACAUCUGGAGAAAGGAAAUAUCCUGUUCUACCAAGAACACCUGGAGCACUGUGGGUUGGAUGUCACAGAAGCCUCGGUGUACUCUGGAGUUUGUACAGAGAUCUUCAAACGAGAGUGUGAGAUCUUCAAGAAAGCAGCCUACUGCUUUGUUCAUCUGAGCAUUCAAGAGUUCCUGGCUGCAGUCUAUCUGUUCUACUGUUUCACCCACAGAAAGACAGAAGUGCUCCAGGACUUCCUGAAGAGAGAUUGGGAAUACAAAAACAGCUCCCCAUCUAUGGAUGUCUUUCUACAGAGAGUCAUGAAAAAAUCCCUUCGAAGUAAAAAUGGCCACCUGGACAUGUUUGUUCGCUUCCUUCAUGGCCUCUCUCUGGAGUCCAACCAGAGACUCUUAGGAGGUCUGCUGGGUUGGACGGAGAAUAGUCCAAAAAAUGUCGAAAUAGUCAUAAACAAUCUGAAUAAGAUGAACAGUGAUGAAAUGUCUCCUGACAGAAGCAUUAACAUCUUUCACUGUCUGAUGGAGAUGAAAAAUCUUUCUGUCCUUCAGGAGAUCCAAGAGUUCCUCAAGUCAAAGAACAGAUCAGAUAAGAAACUCUCUGAGAUUCACUGUUCAGCUUUGGCCUAUAUGCUGCAGAUGUCAGAGGAGGUUCUGGAUGAGUUGGAUCUGAGGAAAUACAAUGCAUCAGAGAAAGGACAAUGGAGACUGAUCCCAGCUGUGAGGAACUGUAAAAAGGCUGGACUUUGUGGCUGCAGACUCUCAGAGACUCACUGUGAAGUUGUGGCCUCAGCUCUGAAGUCUAGCCCAUCCCAUCUAACACAGCUGGACCUGAGUUACAACGAUCUGCAAGAUUCAGGAGUGAAGCAUCUGUCUGCUGCAUUGGAGAAUCCAAACUGUAGACUCGAGCACCUGAGAUUGAAGGGCUGUAGGUUGUCAGAGUUCAGUUGUGCAUCUCUUGGCUCAGCUCUGAAGUUCAACCCAUCACAUCUGAAACAUCUGGAUCUGAGUGACAAUAUGCUGCAGGACUCAGGAGUGCAGCAGCUGUGUGGUUUUCUAGAAAGCCCGGAGUGUAGACUGGAGACUCUGAGACUGAUUCGGUGCAAUUUGUCAAGGACCAGCUGUUCUUCCCUGGCUAAAGCUCUGAAUGCAAUCCACUCCUAUCUGAAGCUUCUGGACUUCAGCCACAACAAGGAGUUGGAAGAUUUGGGAGUAAAGCACCUGUGUGGUUUUCUCAAGAGUCCACAGUGCAGACUGGAGACUCUGAGGUUAAGGGCAUCCAGCUUGUCAGAAAUGAGUUGUGCCUUUCUAGUCUCAGCUCUGAAGUCCAACCCCUCCCAUCUGAAACAUCUGGACAUGAGUGACAACAAGCUGCAGGAUUCAGGAGUGAAACAGCUUGCUAGCCUUGUGAAGAGUUCACACUGUAGGCUUGAAACUCUGAGAUUAAGGGGCUGUGAAUUGUCGGAAACCAGUUGUUCUUAUCUGGGCUCAGCUUUGAAGUCCAGCCCCUCCCAUCUGAGACAUCUGGACCUGGGUCACAACACCCUGGAGGAUUCAGGAGUUAAGCAGCUGUCUAAUCUCAUGAAGAGUCCGCAUUGUUUACUGGAGACUCUGAGACUGCAUUGGUGCAGCUCAGCAGAAAUCAACUGUACUUCUCUGAGUUCAGCUCUGAAGUCCAACCCCUCCCAUCUGAGAGAGCUGGACCUGAGAGGAAACAAGCUGCACAAUUCAGGCGUGCAACAGCUGGUUGAUCUUGUGAAGCAUCCAGACUUUACACUAGAGACUCUGAGAUGGCUGCCAUUUUGGUAAAUGGGGUAAUGCAUGUGCUGAGAGAAGAUGAACUGAGUCCACAGAUCCACAGAGGUCGAAGCAGCAGCAGUUUGUACAUAGAGAGUCUCUCACUGUUCCAUGUUACUGGGAUGUGGCGUGUCAAGUAGAGCUCCACACA